AUGUCACUACCCCCGUUCAAAAGAAUUCUGAGGAAAUGUCACAGUGGACAACAAACGACGGUAACAAUUCCACCUACCAAUUUUGCAUCGUUCACAGAAAUCUCGGAGGAACCGUGCCAAUCAACUCUCUCAUUCAGCGACGUAAGACACCAAGUAAUCCCGUCGAGAGAUAGUUUCACGUUUAACAAAAAGUCAGAUCAAUUAUGUCAAAAAGACCCCCCAGAUCACCCGACAGAAUGCCAAGCCAUCUCUAUGGAGGAGGAAGAUGUACCGCUCUUUCGAAAAAAUCUACGAAAAGCACUAGACAUGGAGUUUAUCGCGGCGGCCACGAAACGUGAUCGAAACCUUCAGCCUCUGAUCAAUAUGAUACGACAACAAAAGUGGGAUCAGAUCAAAGCCUGCUACGGACCCUACUUUUACAAUGUGCGCGACCGUUUGUCUGUCCGUAACAACGUCUUACUCUAUGAUGACAGAGUAGCAAUACCAAAGCAGUUAAGGCAAAUCAUCCUAGAUUCGAUCCAUCUAACUCACCCGGGACAAGGCGGCAUGCUGGAAGCUGCCAAGCACAUUUGGUAUCCAUAUCUCCAUAGAGAUAUAGUUACAUCAGCGCAGAGUUGCAAGGAGUGCCGCGCUAAAGUUAAAAAGAUACUCAAAAAGUCUGCCCUCACGCCCGAGGCAAUUUGGAAUAGGGACACCAAUAGUGAGGACAAACUGAGCGUGGUCUACAAGAGUAACUAUCUUCCCGAACCUCCCUGUGAACCAGCGGGACCAUCUACACAAGCGGUUCGAAGUAAGACUCCAGGACCAGCAAAAACUAGCCAGAUGGAAAUAGUGAAAAAGAAGCAGGUGACACUUUCGGACACUGACGAGGACGAGGAGUUCGACCAAGCUCUGCUGAAAAAAUUCCCAAUAGGUGCACUAGAGGAGGAUGGAGGAGAGAUAGAGGAAGAGGAUGGUGGCAAGGAUGAUGGGGAUGGGGAGGGGGAGGGGGAGGGGGGAGAAGUGAGGACGAGGAUGAGUGUGCAGAAGACUCUCAAGUCUCUCAUCUCCGAGUCCACAGCACACGGUAUUGCAUCCACUGUCUCCUCCAACAGCACACGAUCCCUGUUCUGGCUGCUGGUGUUCAUGGUGUGUGCGGCUCUGUUCUCGAAACAGUCGUUCACUCUGGUGGCCCAGUACCUCUCCUUCGGGAAGACAGUGAGUGUGUCGAUGGUGCCCGACCCCUCCUACCAAUUCCCCAAGGUCACCCUCUGCAGCCACAACAUGGUCAACAUGCCACACACAAACAACAACAAUGCACACAACCACCACACACAAGGCAACCGCACAAAUGAUCCACUGGAUAACUCGUAUACGAAGCUGGAUUUUCUGACCAACAUUGCCGCUUGGGACAUCUACUUCCACUAUUGCAAACAACUUCUGGAAGAGAACGCACAUUGGACCCAGAGCAUGUCACUGACCCCUGGUCUGAUAAACACAUUCAUGAAAUGCUACCAGCCCGACAGCGAAAUUAGCCGAUUCUCCCACACCCUGGACUUCGAGCCGAUAGCGUGCAACCAUCUUUUCACCGGAGAAGCGCAGAGCUCAUCAGACGACUACUACUCUGCCUACUUCUCCGAGUAUGAGCCCUACACUUAUGACUACUACUCGCUCUACAGGAGCUCCUUCUCCUCCUACUUCAACAUCUCCCAGAGUGAGGAGAACGACAUACUCCACUGCAUUGGGCAGAACGACAAGGCCGUUCGGCUCAGCAUGUCUUCGUCUGUGUGGACGGAGUCCUACCUGACUGCUUCUGCGGAAGACUACAGCGACGUGAUCGAACUGUAUCGCACAGCCGAUUUGGACUCCAUAGCCUCACAUGGCCUACAAUUGGACACUUUCCUGGUGGAGUGUCACUACAAGUUACUACCUUGUGAUCACACCAACUUUGUGAGGCAGCAGACAGACUCAUAUGGCAACUGCUUCACCUUCACAGCCCCCAGAGACAGGUUCCUCCCACCAGGCACAUUCCCCUCCUACAAUAAAGGUUUGGCACUGACUGUGCGCAUAGCGAAUGAGGAGAACGCGGAGUUGCUGACGUCAUCGAGUGGGAUCAAGAUAGCAGUGCAUGACCACUCAGUGUCUCACGGGGUCAUAGAGGACGAGGGGGUGUCCGCCUCACUCGGCACAGAGUCCAUGAUACAAUUCAGCAAGAAGGUUCUAAAGAGGGGCGUGGAGGAGAACAUGGAGUGUAUCAAAGAGUGGCCAUCAGAAGUGGGCGUGUUCAAGACAAUCAGCUACGACAGAAAGCUGUGUCGUUCGUUCUGCCUUGAGCACCAGUUGGUGGGUGCGUGCAACUGUACCCUUUCUCUCCUCUACCACCACUACCACCCCAGAGUCUCAUUCUGCCAACUACUACUCAACAAAGACAC